CGUGCGCUAAACUUGCAAGGAGGAAGAAGAGGAGAAGGAGGAGGAAGAGGAGCACGUAAACAACAAGGCCAGCACACCACCCUCGCUUCUCCUCACAUGGCGGGGGCGCAGCGGGAGGGAGAGCGCCGAGUGCCGGGAGAUGCUUGAAUGAGCUCCAGCACAACUUUGAACUCAACGCGCGGGGACAUGGAGAGCCCGGCGGGGGAGACCCCGAGCUGCGAGGACGUGCGGAAGAGCGGCUACCUCCGCAAGCAGAAGUCCAUGCACCGGCGCUUCUUCGUGCUCCGGGGGAGCUCGGAGCGCGGCCCGGCCCGCUUGGAGUACUACGAGAGCGAGAAGAAAUUCCGCGGCAAGGCCCCCGUCCCGAAGAAAGCCGUGGCGCUGGAGACCUGCUUCAACAUCAACAAGCGGGCGGACUCCAAGAACAAGCACAUGAUCGUGCUCUACACGCGGGCCGAGAGCUUCGCCGUCGCCGCCGAGAACGAGGCGGACCAGGACGAGUGGUACCAGGCCAUGGUGGACCUGCAGUGCAAAAGUAAGAACCCCACGGACGGUGGAAUAGCAGGUGACUAUGGUGUCCCCAAUCCAGGACCGGCCUUCAAAGAGGUGUGGCAGGUCAAAGUGUGGCCCAAAGGUCUGGGUCAGUUAAAGAACCUGGUGGGCAUCUACCGCCUCUGUCUGACCGACAAGACCGUCAACUUUGUCAAGCUCAACUCUGAUGCUGCAGCUGUGGUGCUGCAGCUAAUGAACGUUCGGCGCUGCGGGCAUUCCGAAAACUUUUUCUUCGUUGAGGUGGGCCGCUCUGCCGUCACCGGACCGGGCGAGUUCUGGAUGCAGGUGGAUGAUUCUGUGGUCGCCCAGAACAUGCAUGAAACAUUGCUGGAGGCCAUGAAGGCGCUCAGCGAGGAGUUCCGCCAGCGAAGUAAAUCUCAGUCCAACUCUGGUCCCGGUGGAGGUGCAACUGCCUCCAACCCCAUUAGUGUCCCUUCACGUCGCCACCACCCAAACCCUCCUCCCAGCCAGGUGGGCUUCACCCGCCGACCCAGAACUGAGCCUCCUGGAGGGGUGAACGGAGGUGUUAGCAGCUCCAGUGCUUCUCCUACCCCUCGUCACAGCUUUACAAGGUCUCGUACAGCUAGUGAUGGGAGUAAAGUGGAUGAGAGUCUAGUGGGAAACAUGCCGCUUGCAGGGCUCAGCUCCAGCCCCUCCACCAACGGGUCUUGCUCAACCACUCCUAUCCUCAGGUCAAAGUCAGCACGUUCAGCCUCCACCUCAACCGCUAAAACUCCUCUUGGUCUUAUGCGCUCUAUUUCCACACCAGCACCUUCCCCGGCCCCAAGCUUGUCCUCCAGCUCUGGUCAUGGCUCAGAGUUUGGGGGUACAGCAACUUGUGCUGGUCCUGGGGCAGGGGGUGGCCCCUACAGUCGAGUCCCUAUGCAUCGCGCGUCUGUCUCGGGGUCACCCAGUGACUAUGGUUCCUCGGAUGAAUAUGGCUCAAGUCCUGGGGAACAGACGCUCUUAGUCUCCCCCAGCCAGCCUGGAAGCUCUGUUGGUAGUGUUGGCAGCCAGUCCCUUGGCGAGGAGGGAGCUAAUUAUAUUUUAAUGGGUCAGCAUAACGGUGGCAAUGGUGGCGGAAAUCAGAGCAGCAUGACAUCCAGCUCCUUGCCAGCACCUGGAACAACAGGCUGCGGCUCUAUGCCCCAGUCCAGGAGAGUGCUCCGCCGCUCCUCCAGCCGAGAGUGCGAAGCGGAGCGUAGGUUGCUAAGCAAGCGCGCAUCUUUACCCCCUAUGGCCUUAGAGAGGCUGGUCCCAUGUCCACACAGAGGAGACGAGCCAGCGGACGAAGACUCAGCUGACUAUGCUAUUAUGUCGAGGAGCACCAGCCGUGAGUCCUUUUCUUCCACGUCUUCUUCAAUGCAGAGGGAAUUCCUCAUGAGUGCUGGGUCAGGGGGAGGUGGCGGAGGGUACUUGGAUGUGGCGGGAGAAUUCAGAGGUGAAACAGGUGGUGUAGCAGCUGGCGGUGUAGGUUUAGGAGUGGAUAAUGGCUACAUGUCUAUGUUGCCGGGAGUCACUCAGUCUCCAGUGGCCUUGUCUCAAUCGCUGGCUGUUUCUGUUCCAGAAUUGGAUCCUAAACCUGCUGAUGAUUACAUGGCCAUGACCCCAAACAGCAGCGUGUCCCCUCCACAGCAAAUCCGACCUACACCCUCAGAUGGCUAUAUGAUCAUGUCUCCCAAUAGUAGCUGCUCCCCUGAUCAACGUGGAGGUCUCUCUGGUGGUGUUUGGGUGGGCAGUGGCAGUGCAGACAGCAGGGCAGGCAGCGACUACAUGAACAUGUCUCCAAUCAGUGCUCGCUCUGUGAACGGGAGUCCCCCACCUUCACAACACACCAGUCAAUCAGAGAACAGUUCUCAAGUCCCCAAGAUGGUGUAUUCUUAUUAUUCCCUUCCGCGGUCAUACAAACACAAUACCUCUGCCAGACAUUUUGAUGAUGGACCAGGACGUGGCAGAAGGCCCAAUGGUGGAAGGGGAGUGGGUGGUGCAAGGACAAUAAGCGGACACCAAGAGCAACAACCGGCUGGCAGUUCAAUAGCAGGACGACACCUGUCGCUCUCUUCUUCCUCAUACUCGUCCAGCUCAGCUAGCAGUGAAAGCCUUGGAGAGAGCGAGGAGAGAGCAACAAACACCAUCGCUGGGGGCUCCAAAGAGGGGACCAAACUCCAGCAGCGACGAGGCUCCAGUGGGUUGGCAAAUCACAGUGCCCACUCUCGAAGCAGACCGGUGAGCCUUUUUGUUGACGUAUCCAAGGCUAACACCCUUCCUCGGGUUCGUGAGAAUCCCUUGCCACCAGAACCUAAGAGCCCUGGGGAAUAUGUCAGUAUUGAGUUUAAGGGGGGAAACAGCAGCAAUACUAGUGUUGGAGGAGGCUGUGGCACGGGUCUCAGGCAUGGAUCAUCCAAGCCUCAUGGUACAAGCAGCCACCAUUCUCAACACAGACCUGUGUCGUGCCUGGGAAACUUUAUCCCCUUGUCCCGCAGCCCCUCUGCCCCUAUUACUCCCCCAGCUGCUUCUGAGUAUGUAAACAUGGACCUCGGCCCUUCUCCUUCUCCCUCACCCCACACUCCACUGGUUUUCCCCUCGUUCCACACCCCUACUACCCCUCCAACUCUUGCUCUUGCUUCCAAAGUCUCUGAUGAAGCAGCAACAGGCCCUCUGGACGAGGUGACGGAGAUGGAUGAGGCACGGCUUAGGAAAAUCCAGGAGAUUGUUCCUGAGUUGGAGUCCCCCACAUCAUGCGGGGACUACACAGUGAUGGCCUUUAGCCUAAACAGCAACACGGCUUCCGGGCCAUCAUCCAGCAUCUCUCUCAAAACUCCUUCCCCUACAAAAACCGAACCACCCGGUGCAACACGGGUUCUAGAAUUUCCUUUAGCCAAAUCAGGACCCAACCCAGACCAUGGAGCAAAAGUUAUCCGUGCCGACCCCCAAGGACGCAGACGGCACUGCUCUGAAAGCUUCCUUGCCUCACCGUCCAUCUCUACUUCUGGUUCCACAUCUUCUUCUUCCACUGCCUCACUCUUCCCAGAACAAGCUGUGCCACGUCGGCAGGGCUUCGAGAACACGCCAUGGCGUAAUGGAUCUGUGGAUACCCUCAGUCAGUCACCCCUUCCUGGACAACAACAGCCCGCUGCCACCAACACACCUAUCACAGAGCAAGGCCUUAAUUAUAUAGACUUGGACUUGGCCAACAAAGAGAGCCAACAUUUGGGCCUGGAUGGACCCCAAGGUAACCAGGCCUCUUCUCGCAUCUUCUCUGUGCUGGGUGCCAGCUCUGCGAUUGGAGGAGGAUCGGGUGUAGCAGUCAGCAAUAGUGGCAGCGCCAGCAACAACACGUACGCCAGCAUAGAUUUCUACAAGUCGGAGGAGCUGCGGACACAUCAGAACGGAAACAAGGAGGGGUCAGAGUGCUGAUGUCAGCGACAUCGUCCUUGGGGGAACAGUGUGGCAGCGCCGCUUCGAAGAUCUGGACUUGUUCUUUUUUUUGUUUUUUGGGUUUUGUUUUUUUUUGCUUGGACACGUCCCCAGCAGCACUUGGAGAUAAAGUGUGAAAUGGUCUUGUCGGUGGUGCAAACCAACAGGGACGUGUGCCAAUGGACAUUCUUGCUGCUUUCAUUCCGUGAGUGGGAGCCAAUCAGAGACGUAAAAAGAAGAAGGGAGGCGACUUUUUGUUCCCCCGAGGGGAAAAACUCCUCCAACAUCUGAAAGAGAACUAUUUAGUGUAUGGAGAAGAGACUAUAGAGCAGUGUAGCUGCAAAACAAAAAGUGCCUCUGGUUGAUUUUAGACACAGCUUUCCUUUCCUUGGAGUAAAUUUGGGAAUUUUUUAUUUCUUAAUUUGAUGUUGUUACAGAUUUAUCUGCAGGUAAUAUCAAGAACAGCUACUAGUGCUGCACACAAUCAUACUAUUUAUGGGAUGAAUGGGCAAGUAAAUUUGUACUUUUUUAAAAAGGACACAUACCAGUUCAUCUCAUACACUGCAAAAUAAGAGCUGGCAAACUAUUCAAUAAAAAUUUUGGAUUUCAAGAAAAAAAAUACUAAAAACUAGUGAAAUUAUCUGUCCAUGCAGCUUGUUAAUUUUACUUGAUAAGACAUCUUAAAUUAAGAUUUUUAUAUCUAGAAAUUAGCAGGACUUUCAAGUAAGUAUUUUAUUCAAAAAAGAAGCAUUAUUCAUCUUGCAAUUCCUAAAGUAAGCAUUCUUGGGAUGUUGCAGAAUCUUUAAACAAGAUUUUCUAUGUGGGAAAAACCGAAUGAUCUUAUUUGAAUAGUUAUUUUCUCAAUUUUAACAUUUUAAAACUACAAUAGACUAACUAUUAUUAUGAAUGCUAAAAUGAAGUUUAGUCAGUGACUAAAAAUAAGUAAAUAGCUCUUAAACCUAGUGCAAUUUCUAGAAAUUGGCAAAUAAUUUGCAGUGUAACCACCAUUUACUUUUCAAAACAGAUGAGUACACUGCAAAAAAGAGCUGUCAGAAUAUAACAUUUUAGGGGAAAAAAAUACUAAAAACUAGUGAAAUUAACUAGCGACAUGGACAGAUAUUUUGCUAAAUUAAAAUUUGUAUAUCUAGAAAUUAGCAGGACUUUUAAGAUAUACAUAGGUAUUUUAUUCUGAAAACAAGUAUUAUUUAACUUGCAAUUCUUAAAUUAAGCAUCCUCGAGAUGUCGCAGAAUCUUUAAAUGUGGGGAAAACCAAAAUAUCUUAUUUGAAUAGUGAUUUUCUCAAUUUUUUACAUUUUUUAAUUGGAAUAAAAAAAUAUAAAUAUUCAUGCUAAAAUAUAAAUUAGUCAAUUAUUAAAAUAAGUAAAUAGCUCUUAACACUAGAGAAAUUUCUAGAAAUACAAUUUUAAAUCUUGGCAAGUAACAAAUAAAAUGCUGGGUGUGACUUUAACUUCUAAAUUCACUCUCGAUUGUGUCAGAAUAAAUAAGAAACCGCUCAAAAUGACUGAGCUAUUAAAGUGUUAGUAUGGCUGCUAUUAGCUUUUUGAUGUUAUUAUGCCACUUUUAUCACAUUUUCUGUUCUUUGAUUUUUCUCUUAAAUGUUACUGUGUAUCUUCGCCAUAAAACAAAGCCAUACACCAAAAUGUAUUUGACAAACAGUCUGGAAACAAGAGGCACUUGUAGCAGGAAGUGCCGUAGCUCGCGAGCUGGCUCGCUAACGCCAGCGAGCGGUAUUAGCGUCAAAUGGAGCAUCCUACUCACUACAGUUCAAGGUGAGCCAUUAGUGCCAUUAACAAUAACGUUAUUAGCGAGCUCAAAUCAACUGUUCCUCAAUCAUUUUCCUCUCAGGACAAUUAAUAUUGUACGACACAUCAUGCUAAAGCUAACAGCUAGCACAAUGCUUUUUAGAAGAGGAAAACAGUACAAAUCUGAUCACUUGUUAAAAACAAAAAGGAAAAAAAUGUUUGACAAACUUGUAUUUUAUCUCAGUUUAAUAAUUGCGUCAGCACUUAAGUGCCUGUUUGUAUGUUUUGUCUAUGUCGUAGAAAUGGGGGUUGUCCUUUGCCGUCUGUUUUUCUGUAAAUACUCUCUUUUGGAUGUCCAACUUCAGGUGACUUUACGAAUCAGCCAUGGCCCCUAAUCGGAGGACUUUUGGGUCGUUUCUUUUUGCGGAGCUUCAUUUUCCGAAGGGCCAUCAGUGCCAAAACUCGACGUAAAAAAAGACCCUUCAGCUCUCAACUUUGGAUGCGUUGCUUUGUUUACCGUGUAACUUUGUGAGUCCCUCUUCCCCGUUGUUAUCUUCUGCAGUGGGAGGAAGAACUGUGUCAUGGCUCGCCUCGCUUAUGUGACGCUCUGAGAUAAGACGCUUUAAGCUAUGAUUCGCUCACGGCUUUGAUGCAGACCAGGCCAAUCGGCGGCAAUACCGGUUGCAAAUUGUCUUCAUGUGUUUUCCUGCAUGUCUGCAAAGUUCACAAACUGCCUCGCUGCAGUCAAAUGACAAUUAGCGGCGUAGCUUCACUGAGAUGUCCUAUAUAGGCAGUGCGCAGGCAAACACAUGCAAUGUUUCUAAUGGUGGCUGGAAAGAGUUCUCCGUGCACAGGUACUCCAAAAAAAGUAAGCGCACAAAUGUUGUUUGCCAUCAGUUUGUUUCACAGUGAAUUGUUUGUCAACGGUGCUCCAUUGUGUCUUUCAUGGGAUGGUACUGACUGAUGUAGAUCAUGACAUGUGUUGCUUGACGGACAUCAACAAAAAAGUCACUAAAAGAAUUCAAAGCCAAA